AUGACCGACCCAGCCACCACCCCGCAAACCGCGCCGGACGCAAAGAUCGACCCCGCGGCCUCCCUCCGCUACUGGAACAGCGUGCCCGCCAACGCGAACGUGAUGCUGGGCAUGCUCGGCCAAUACCCCUGGUACACGCGGAUCGACCUCCGGGGCUCGAGGACCUUUCUGAACAAAGUCCGCCGCCUGAUCCCCGACUGCCCGACGGAGGGCAAGCUCGCGCGCGGGGUCGACUGCGGCGCGGGCGUCGGCCGCGUCACCGCGGGCCUGCUCGCCCACGUCUGCACCACCGUCGACGCCGUCGAGCCCGUCGACAAGUUCAUCCAGCUCAUCCGCGACUCCUCCCUCAAGCGCGACGGCGUCGUCGGCGACAUCUACACCUUGGGCUUGGAGGAUUGGCACCCCGACAAGCGCUACGAUCUGAUCUGGACGCAGUUCUGCGUGGGCCAUUUGACCGAUAGGCAGCUGGCGGAGUACUUUGUCCGGUGUCGCGGGGCGCUGACGGAGACGGGCGUGCUGGUCGUCAAGGAGAAUCAAUCGACGGAUCCCCGCGGGGAGGAUAUGUUCGAUGAGGAGGAUAGUAGUGUGACGCGCACGGAUGAGAAGUUCCGGGCCCUGUUCAAGGACAGUGGGCUGGCGGUGGUGGCGUCGGAGUUGCAGUUGGGAUUCCCCAAGAAUUUUCGGCUGUUGCCGGUCAGGUUUUAUGCGCUGAGGCCGGUUUGA